GAAGGCGAGAGGCUCGGCCGCGUCGACGGCCGCGAGCUCGGGUUCGCGAAGGGCUUCGAGAUUGGCCAGGAGAUCGGCUUCUACGGCGGAUGCCACGCGGUGUGGUCGCGGUGCGUGCGCGAAGAUCCGGAAUGCUUCAGCGACCGCGCGAAGAAGGGCGUCGAGACGUUCGGCGCGUCGCUCGCGGCGUUCCCUCUGCGCGACCCGCAGGACGUCGCGAUACUCGAGACGUUGAACGCGAUCAGGGGGAAGUUCAAGGCGAUCGUCGCCGCGCUCGGGAUGCAUCGCGAGUACAACGCGCUCGAGCCCGCCGCGCCGGAGAUGAGCUUUUGA